GCCAUUUACCCAUAUUGCAAAUGUUACGUUGGUUUAAUGUAUAAAAACAUACAAAAUACGUGGCUGCUAUAUAAGAAUAUUGACCAAAACAAAAAAGUUAUCAAUAAACAAAUCUCUAGGCGAUCACAGAGCGAACAGCACAUCCGCGAGCAAAGUGCAGGUCUUGGAAGGGAUACCCACUACAAGGCUGAAAAGUCCAACAGUCCUCUUACCAGUCGGUCAUAGCGACCUGGUGAAUUCACAACAUAAAACUAAACCUCAUAACGCAAGAAAACCAUCACUCAAAAUCAGUUUUAAGUUACUGUUAUCCUGGAGAACUACAUUAACGCAGGCAUGGAGAAAGAAAUGCCGGAAUCUAUGGCCACUGUUACCAUUAAACCGGAUUAUGCACCCUCUGAGGCUUACUCUUCAGAACCACCACCGGCAUACAUGAAACCCAAAAGUGUAUCUGUGCAAGUUGCUAAAAUUGUCGCAGUUACCGUAGUCCUUUGUUCAGUAGUUCUUGGCAGCUUCCUGCUAGCUUCUGCUUACGUAACAGCUAACGCUUCCUGUAGGCAGCUGGAGCAGGAACUUGAACUUCUUAGGGAAGUUAGUGACAGAUACCAAUCAUCACAGCCUCUACAGCCUGAGGCCCUUAUAGCUGAACAACCCAUAAGCAAAUCCCAAUCCGAACCUCUUCAAACCGAAGAAUCAAAAAAAUCCACCAAAGAAAUUGUCAACAACAACAUUGACAAUGACGAUAACUCUUUAGAAAGUUCCGAUAGUUCCGAUGAAUCUGACAACUCCUAUGAAAACAACGACGAUGAAAAGAUUCGUUUCAAACUUCCACUUCAACUGGACUUCGAUGAUUUAGCUGGUGCUCUUAUCGAUCGAAACCAAAAAUCCAGAAUGAAUUGCGUUGUUGAAAAGAAACGCGCAGAAGAGCUUGUAGACCACCAAUCAAAGACUGUAAGAUUACCAUUUGGAGUUAAUUUGACGACUGAUCCUAGAUUGGAGCGCAUUAGUGGAGAACGUAUGGCUAUUUUCUGCGAAAGUGGACAUUUUCAAAGUGCACAACCACAACCUCAACCUCAAACUAAUGAAGAUAAUGACGAUGAAGAUGAACAAGAUACUAUUAUGAUUCAACCAGUAAUGAUCCCAAUUCCACAUAGUCACUACCCCACACAUAUGCCCCAGCAAAUGGCAUCAAUGCCUCAGCAGCAACAACCACAAAUUCAAUUUAUUCAUCCAAUGGAGACUAUGAAACCACCUAUGCCACCAAUGAUGCAACAACAAAACCAAAUCCCACAACAAAAUCAAAUGCCACCAAACCCAGUUAUACAACACAUCAUCCAACAAAUUAUCGCCCAAAAGAUCAUGGAAAGUCAAAGAGCACAAGUUGAACAACAAAACCAAGAAUCUUCCCAGGCUGAAGUAGAACGUAUGCCACCACGUAUGCAAACCGAAGGUAUGAUGGGAAGACUUCCAAUCCCAGAAGAAGUUUUAUCCCAACUUAACAGACUUCCAAACCGUGAAGGUAUUGUUGUAGUUUCUGAACAAGAACCAGAAGACAAUCCACAAGAACUUCAAGUUAUACAACACCAAAGAACAUCUCCAGAAGGCAUGAAUGGAAGACAAACCUACGCCAGAGGACUUCCAGUUGAUAUUCCAGUACCAAUGAUGCAACAAGAACAAGAACAGGAACAGAAAGCUGCUCCCUCCGAAGAAACCAGACCUCACUAUGUACAACCAAGGUCUGUCAGAUCUGUGGAUGCUCUUCUUCCUAAGAACACAAAACGAGUAAAACGUUGUGCUUGCGACUGCUCUUGCUAAAUUUAUAAUGACUAGCAUUUUUAUGUACCAACUAUUAUACUUAAAUAACUAAUAAACACGUUAUUAAUUUUAAAGCACUGCAUUUUACUAAUAAAUAUUAAAAUUAUUUUAUGUAAAUAUCAAUAUUAGAUUUUUAUGAUUGGCUAACUGAUAGCUUAAUGGUUAUCUAAUUUCUCUAAUGUCUUAGAUUUUAAAUGUAAAUAGUUUGUAGCCUAUAACUUCUUAUUUGGCCUUUUGACUAUUGUGAUAGAUUUAAUUUUGUAUAAUACAAAGUUUUAAAUAAACUAAAUUUAUUUUCAA